CCAUCGAACCGAUAUCACGUACUUUCGCGCAGUGUACCAUGUACAUGUUCGUAUUUUAGGUGGCUCCCGCGAUACCGGUUUUCAAGCUGCGUACGGGUGGCAAGAAAAUACACCUUGGAAUGUUAUAUGUCCGAAAUGUAUAAAGAAUUUAUUCGUUAACGGCGCGUGACAUUUUUCACGUUGGAUACCUAGCACCAAUAUUUUGAGCUAUUGCAAUAUUAAAUCUUUAGAAUAAUCGUAAAAUGGCUGCGAGAAACCUCACUCCGCAACAAGGAUUGGGCUUUUUUGGCCUUUUAAUCCUGCUCUGUUCGGCGGUUUUGGGCAAGUCGCAAAUGUGCGAAGUGGAAACCGGGCAAACGAACAUUAUUCUGGACAUCGAAGAAAGCCGAGAUUCAUUCAUCGGACAGCCAACCACGCCGCCAGAGCUUCCAAUUUUCGGUGAUCCGGAGACGGAGAUCGCUCUGAAUUUGGUCUUCCCGAAAGGCCAGCCGAUAUUUCAAUUGAACGGCAAGCGGCUCCAACUGCUGCAGCCUCUGGAUCGAGAUGAGGAGAACCUCAGUCACAUUGUCUUCCAGGUCUCCUGCACCAUCCGAUCGACGAACAAGAAGCGCACCAUUCCCAUUAUUGUUCGGGUGUCGGACAUAAAUGACAAUGCGCCGCGUUUCAUGAACACGCCCUACGAGGUUACCGUUCCCGAGAGCACACCGGUGGGAACCACUAUUUUUCGGAACAUUCAGGCCCUCGAUAAGGACGCAGGUGUCAAUGGGCUGGUUGAGUAUUUCAUAGCCGAGGGGAGUGCCAAUUCCACCGACAUCGAGAAAUACAGUGCAGAUGGUUAUGGCACCUUUGCCAUAUCGUUUCCCCACCAGGGUCAAGUUACUGUAGCCAAGACGCUGGACUUUGAAAAGAUUCAAACCUAUUAUCUUACUAUUGUGGCUUCGGAUCGAGCCCGCAAUACCGCAGAUCGUCUUUCAUCAACGACCACUUUGACGGUCAACAUAGCCGACUCGAACGACUUGGACCCAUCGUUUAUUUACAGCGGUUGUGUCUCCCUCGAUGGAGCCUGCAUAAAUCCGGAGUACUCCGCAUCCGUUCCAGCUGGAUCCUUGCUGGGGGUGCUCACUGUUCUCCCCGAAAGGAUUCAGGCCGUGGAUCUGGACACCAUUAACUCCCCCAUUCGCUAUAGUUUUGCCAGUGGAAUGCCCGGAAAUUACGCUGAUUACUUCCAGAUUGAUGAGAACACCGGGGUGCUAAAGCAAACGAAAGCCAUUGAUACAUCGACGGCGAAGAAGUAUGACAUCAUAGUGAAGGCAGAAGAGGUUUCCGCUGGACCCCAGCGAUUCACAACCGCCAAGUUGGCGAUUUCCGUUAAGCCAGUCGACGCCAAUCCCCUGAUAUCCUCCUCGCAAACCGAGGGCUACGUGGACGAGAACUCUCCCAUCGGAACCAGAGUGCUGGACUCGAACGGUAACCCUAUAUCGUUCAAAACCACAGAUGCCGACCUGAGUGACACCGAUCCGAAGCCCGAUUACAUAUACGAGCUGACCACACCGUCGUUCAAUGUGACUGCCGAUGGCAUUUUGAUUGUCAACGAGGACAACCUCGAUCGCGAUCCUCCGUCGCCAGGACGUUUCAAGUUUCAAGUGGUCGCCCGGGAACCGCGAACGAAUGCGGCGAGUGCCCCCCUGAGUCUCACGGUCCAUUUGCGAGAUGUCAACGACAAUGCCCCCAAGCUGGCGAUGGUGCCACCGAUCUCCAUUACGGCCGGGGAUCAGAGCGAAAGUCGCCUGGUCACCCAGGUCAUGGCCACCGACAACGAUGAGGGUCCCAAUGCCGUGGUGACCUACUCCAUCUACCAUGUGUCCAACAACGGCAUUCAGAAGUUCACCAUUAACGAGACGACCGGAGAGAUCAGGACCCAAGGUCGUCUGCUCGCCGGCGAACAAUAUAGCAUUACGGUCCAGGCCACCGACAUCGGAGGGUUAUCCUCGCAGGCCAUCGUGGAGGUGAGUGUGACCCCGGGACCAAAUACGAAACCCCCGCGCUUCCAGAAACCCAUCUACGAGGUUCAGGUUAGCGAGGGUGCGGAAAUUAAUUCCACAGUUACGGUCGUCCAUGCCGAGGAUCCGGAGAACGAUGCGGUGGUUUAUUCCAUAGUAUCCGGUAACGAUCUCCGGCAAUUCGCUGUUGGUCAGGAGAGUGGAGUGAUCAUAGUCAUACGAAAACUGGACCGUGAGAGCUUAACCCGCUACCAACUGAUCCUGAAAGCAGAGGAUACUGGUGGUCUUUCGAGCAGUGCUACAGUGAACAUCAAGGUGACGGAUAUCAAUGAUAAGAAUCCGGAAUUCGAUGCCUCUACCUUGCCGUACAUCUUCCAAGUGGAUGAGGGCAAGGCCCAGGCUUCCGUGGGAGUCGUUCAUGCCACGGAUGCCGAUGAGGGUAUCAACGCUGAGAUCACCUACUCCAUUCCCACGGAUAUUCCCUUCACAAUUAACGCCACUUCCGGGGAGAUCCUAACAGCUAAGCAAUUGGACUACGAGCAGUUGAACGAGUACAAAUUUGUGGUAACCGCUAAGGAUGGUGCUCCGGAUGCACGACUGGGAACUGCCAGUGUUACUGUGAUGGUUCUCGAUCUCCCUGAUGAGGUGCCGAAGUUCACCGAUUCACGCAUUGAUGUGCACAUUCCGGAAAAUGAGGAGAACUUCCUGGUGGCCACCGUGCAAGCUUUUGAUCCGGAUUCCAUUCCGGAAAUAACCUACGUUCUUCGCAAGGGCAAUGCGGAACUCUUUAGAGUUUCAGAGAAAACAGGGGAAAUAAGAACGAUUAAGGGAUUGGAUUAUGAGAGCCAGAAGCAACACCAGCUGACCAUUGGCACCAUAGAGAAUGAUGGCGAUGGGCCGGGAGAUACAGUUCAACUGGUGGUGGAUGUGGAGGACCGCAAUGAUCUACCCCCGAGAUUUAUAACCGUUCCCGAUCCCGUGACCGUAAACGAUGAUCAGAGUAUUGGAACUAUCAUAGCCACUCUGCCAGCAAUUGAUGGAGAUGGUACUUCGCCGGGCAAUGUGGUUCGCUAUGAGAUCGUGGGACGUGGAAAGGCUCCGAAGUACUUCCAAGUGGAUCCGGAUACUGGAGCAGUUCGCAUAAGGGAUGAGCUCCGGAAGGAAGAGGAUACCGAGUACCAGGUGGACAUAAGGGCAUAUGACUUGGGAGAACCCCAACUAAGUUCGGUGGCUCCCCUGCGCGUCGAUGUACAUCAUCUUUUGUCCAGCGGUAACAACGAAGUAAAAUUGGACAAUAAAUUGGAAAGCGGAAUGGUGAUGAGUAGUGAAAGUAUUGGCCUCGCCUUCAGUGAUGAUAGCUACACCACCAGUGUGCCAGAAUCAAUGGAAACAAAUAGCACCCUGAAACUCAUUCAGAUAGUUAAUUCAAAGAUAUCAACAGAUGGACCACCGGCUUUCAAGUGUGAAUUUGUGCACGGCAACGAAGAGGGAAUAUUCAAUUUGAGUUCCGCCGAUCACGGCUGUAAUUUAUUGCUCAUCCGACCUCUGGAUUUUGAGAACAAGACCUCGUACACCCUGCAGUUGCGUCUAACUUCCCAUCGUUAUUUUGUGAACCCUCUGAAAGAUAUAGCCACCGUGGAAAUAAUAGUUCAAGAUGAGAACGAUAAUGCCCCAGAGUUCGAGUUUAAUAGACUGCGCGGCCAACAAGACACGUUCUACACGGUGGUGACCGAAGAAAUGGAUGUUGACACAACCAUUUUGCAGGUGCGUGCCACAGAUCGUGAUUCGGGUAAAUUCGGUACCGUAAGAUACACACUCUACGACGACGACGAAAAUCGGGUCAAUAUGCCGACCAGCUUUUUCAUGCUGUCAGAAGACACGGGAGUUCUUCGAACUGCAAAGCAUUUCAAAAACGAGAACGAUUUCCCCCUCACAUUUUUGGUGGAGGCUCGUGACAGCGAUGCCCAGGAACAGGGAUCCCAUCGCACGAGAGCACGCAUAGUUGUCAACAAAUUGGCCGACAUAAAUCGGAUGGCAUUAUCCUUCCCGAAUGCAGCACCCAGCGAUCUCCGUAACUACUACACCGAAUUGGAAGAGCUGCUGGACAAGAAAACCGGACUAGUCAGUGGCAUUGAGCGCAUGAGCAGUCAAAAGUAUCUGGCCAAAAACGGAUCGGUGAUCGAGAACCCAGCCGCCACAGAUAUUUGGUUUUAUCUUAUCGAUCCGAAGACGGAACAGUUGGUGAGCCGCAAGGAUAGCAUUGUGGAGACCACUUUACUGGAACCAGCGGCGCGAUCUGAGUUGAAUAUCGCCUUACCAAGAGCCACUGCCGAAAGUAUAUCUUUUCCACUUGAAAGAAAAGAACAGGUUCACAAGGUCAAAGCCGCUGCUACUAUUGAUAAUGAAGUCUUCCCCUUUACUCUUAUUGCCAUAUCACUCGUUAUUCUUAUUCUGGGCACAAUCGGAAUCAUUUACAUAUGUAUUUCUUGGUCAAAAUAUAAAAACUUUAAGCAACGCAUGCGCCAGUAUUCCUCGACGAAUCCAACGCGAUACGAUCCUGUGAUCGUCAACCAGCAGGCCUCGAGUGCCAGUGAAACCAUAGCCAACAUGAAGGAGUACGAAACUCAGAUGCUCGCAAUGGCAGUGCCACCGGAUGUGGACGACGAUCUGCAGCUGGACUUCAGUGCCAAGAACCACGCCUUCUCGCUGGACAACGUUAGCUACAUAACGCACAAGGAGAACACGAACGGAGGUGGUCAGUCAAGUCCAUCCCAUUCGGAUGCCACGACGGCCACCAUUGCCACUCUUCGCCGCCACAAGAAUCUCAACAAUGCCAACAUGAACAAUAAUCUGGCCAUAAAUAACCGGCAGAACACCUUCAACCGCACACUGGAGAUGAACACCCGCAACAAUGCCAAUCCACUGGGAUCUCCGCCGAAUGGUGCCCUCUCGGGAACCCUGACUUUGGGCCGCAUCAAGCACCAGAACACCAACCAUUAUCAGAACGGCGCCUACAAUAUAGACCCGACUGGUCCGAACAAUAUGGCCAAUGCCAAAAAUAAUGCCUACAGUACGAUGGGAAGGCGGGGCAACACAUUCUGCGACGUGGGAUUGCUCAAUGGCAAUGGCGAGCUGAUGAACGCCACUUUGGGUCGAAAUGGCCAGCUCAACAAUCGACUUUUUGGUAGUGAAGUACCCAUCACGAACCCUCUGUUUCAAAGAUCCAAUUCCGAUCACAACCACUUGAGCAGCACAAACGAAAACGUUUCCUUUGGCAAGAGGGACUAUGGCCAAAUAGGCUUCUCAUACCUCAACGAUUUGGAUCGAUCGGAGGUAGAGACAACAACGGAACUGUAGGAAAAUAGUUAAGCAAUCGGGUUUCAACAUAUAACAGACUUUGUUAAUAUAUUUAGCUGCCAAUUUAUAUUUUUAAUAGUGCAUUUUAACAACGAGAGCGGUUGCCAUUAAUGUAUGAUCAUAGCCUAUGCAAUCUGUACAUAUUUGAGUAGAUACUGAAUGGAGAAACUGAUAACUGAUACAUUUAACUGUGCUUUAAGAUCAAAUAAUUACAGUCAUUACUUUUAAGCAAACAGAGUGCAUAUUUUCUAUUUUUAGGAAAGUGCAAAAGCUAUGCGUUUUCUUUAAGAAAUGUGAAUUGUUAAAUAUAUAUUCAAGCAUAAACAAUAAAAAUAUUAAGUUGUAUAAAUUAUGAAAAGCCAAUAAAUGUAAAUAAAUAAAUACGUAGACCCA